CCCCCCCCCCCGCCCCCCACACACAUCACAAUGCGGUCCACCUUCCGGUUGCUGGCCAACGUCAAGCCGGCUCGCUACCUGGAGCCCUUCGCUCCCACCGGUCUUGCCGGCCUCACAACUCACCCGAGCCCUCGUCCGACCCUGAUCUUCCUUUACACUGCCACCCUGAACAAGCUGAAGGCGUUCCCCGAGUCUUCCGUCUACCGCAAGUCCACCGAGACCUUGACCCGCCACCGUCUGCAGAUCGUCGAGUCUACGAAGCCCCCCGGAUUCGAUGCCUGGUUGGAGCGUGUGAAGAAGGUCGUGGCUGCUGAGCCCGAGCGCUUCGCUUCUCUUCGUCGCGAGGAUGGUUCAUAUGCGGCGUUCCAGCGCAAGGAUGGGAGUGACAACCCCCGUGGAUCGGAAUGGGAUGGAGAGUCCAUUGAGGCGACCUCUGAGGGCCCUGCCCGUACGGCGGCGGAAGAGGCUCGGUGGACCGCGGCUCUCGAAGAGUCCGUCAAGAUUGACCCCAAGGUCGAGUCGGACUUCUACAACGAGCAAAUGAAGUGGGAGAAUGAACCCGCCCUGGAGGCCGAGCAGGUGGCUGAGAUCGAGAAGCAGAUCGGCGCUGGUCUCAUUGAGGAGGUGAUCCAGGUUGCCGAGGGCGAGCUGAAGGUUGUUGACGAGCUGUACAAGUCCCAAGCUUGGGACGAGCUUGAGGAGAAGGCCAGACCCGGUCAGUGGUCUUACUUUGAGCGCGCGGAGUAGAAGGUUGCUCUCAUGAAUGGAAGACUUGAGCCUGGAUGCCAAAACGCCUGUAAUUAUUAGUUCAUGUGUGCGAACCCAAACCAAACCGGUUACUAUCUCCGUACCAC